CCCGAUGAACCUGAGGUUUUGUUGGCUGGGGCGGUUUUGUUUAGAAAACCGUCAUCAAUUGCACUAACAAUACUUUGCCAUGGAUACUGCUGGCAAGCCGCAAAAUUGAUGGGACUUAUUGGGCGAGGAUCUCCGCUCGUGCUCGCUCUCUAGCGUCCCUUCCUCUUCCUCCCAAGUCGCCGCUGGGUGACUAGUGUGGAGCGGAGGUCCAUCCGGGCUUGGAUCCAUCUCUUCCUCUGCUGGAAUUGGAACAUUGAGAUGUACAGGGCUUCAAAUUUCAUACCUGAUCCUAAUCAGGAGCUCCUGGAUGCCAAGCCAUUAAGGUCUUUAGCUCCUAUGUUCCCUGCACCCAUGGGAGUCAAUGUUAAUCAGUCAAGCACCCCACCGUUGGUUUGUGUCACUCCGGUUAGCCAAUUUCCUAUAGGGUUUGGUGCUGGGAACCUUCCUGCCUUUGGAUCGAUCAACACAUUCGGUGCCACUGCGAAUGGUGUUUCGUAUGCAGGCACCAGUGCUAAUGGGCCCAUUGAUGCCACCCCUAUCUCGGCGUACAAGACGAGAUCAAGCAUUAUACCACUAGAUGGUGAUGAUGAGCCUUACGCGGGUACCCAAACUCCAGCAUCUGAACGGAAGACUAGGAGAGGCCGUCCUCCUAACAGUUCUGCUGGUGAUGGCUCAAAUGGAGUGAAGUCCAAGCGUCCUAAGCCCACAUACAAGAAUUUUGUUGCUGGCAAGGAGCUUGCCUUUCUGCCAUCUUCGUCCACUGAUCCCAGGGAGACUGUGGAAGCAGUUCACAUGACCUUUGAGGCACUCAGACGGAGACAUCUGCAAUUGGAUGAAACACAAGAGGCUAGCAGACGCGCGGACCUGAAGGCUGGUGCCAUCAUGAUGGCCAGUAAUAUCAGGGCCAAUUCGGGAAAGAGGAUAGGGACUGUCCCUGGAGUAGAAAUAGGGGAUAUUUUCUAUUUCAGGAUGGAGCUGUGUGUCAUUGGGUUGCAUGCACCUAGCAUGGGUGGCAUUGAUUACAUGACCGCUAAAUUUGGAAAUGUCGAGGAUUCUGUAGCAAUAUGUAUCGUCUCUGCAGGUGGUUAUGAGAAUGAGGAUGACGACACAGAUGUGCUGGUGUACAGUGGUCAAGGGGGAAAUAGUAGGAAUACUGAAGAGAGGCAUGACCAGAAGCUUGAAAGGGGUAACCUAGCCCUCGAGAGGAGCCUGCAUAGGAAGAAUGAGAUUAGGGUUGUACGAGGCUUCAAGGAUCCAUUUUGCAUAACUGGUAAAAUUUACAUAUAUGAUGGCCUCUACAAGAUUCAUGAGUCCUGGAAGGAGAGGACAAGGUCUGGUAUCAAUUGCUUCAAGUACAAGCUGCUGCGUGAACCUGGACAGCCUGAUGGAGCUGCAAUAUGGAAGAUGACUCAGAGAUGGAUAGCUAAUCCAGCUAGCAGAGACAGUGUUAUUCUAGCGGAUCUAUCAUCUGGGGCUGAAAUUGUGCCAGUUUGUCUUGUCAAUGAGGUAAACCAUGAGAAAGGACCUGGACAUUUCACCUAUACUAAUCAGGUCAAAUACUUGAGGCCCCACAGUUCUAUGAAACCGUUGCAGGGCUGUGGAUGCCAGAGUGUUUGCCUGCCUGGUGAUGCCACUUGUGCUUGUGGACAGCAUAAUGGAGGCGACUUACCUUACAGCUCAUCAGGAUUGUUGGUGUGCCGCAAACCAACAAUAUAUGAAUGUAGUGAAUCUUGCCACUGUUCUUCAAAUUGCCGGAACAGAGUAACCCAAAAAGGGGUCAGGUUGCAUUUUGAGGUCUUCAGGACCACGAAUCGAGGCUGGGGUCUUCGCUGCUGGGAGCCUAUUCGUGCUGGUGCAUUUAUAUGUGAGUAUGCUGGUGAGGUCAUUGAUGAGCUCAAAGUUAAUUUGGAUGAUAGUGAAGAUGAUUACAUUUUUCAGACUGUAUGUCCUGGCGAGAAGACAUUAAAAUGGAACUAUGGGCCUGAACUGAUAGGUGAGGAGAGCACAUAUGUUUUGGCUGAUGAAUUUGAGUCACUGCCCAUCAAGAUAAGUGCAAAAAACAUGGGAAAUAUCUCUCGUUUCAUGAACCACAGUUGCUCACCAAAUGUCUUCUGGCAACCAGUUCAAUAUGACCAUGGAGAUGACAGGCACCCACAUAUCAUGUUCUUUGCACUAAAGCAUAUUCCUCCCAUGGCAGAACUGACUUAUGACUAUGGUGUGGCUGGAGCUGAGUCCAGCAGUGUAGGUUCUCGUAGAACUAAGGACUGCAUGUGUGGAUCACAAAACUGCCGGGGUCUCUUUUGAUAGAUUGAGGGGUUUGUUCGUUGUGGUUAAUCAAGCAAACCACUAUCUGAUAGUAAGGUUCUUUUCCAGAUUGGUUUCUUUCUUUCGUGACAUGCAUGUCUACUUCCUUUGAUGGCCAAAAUGGAUCUGCCUUUACGGUAUUAUUCUGCUGGUUCCUAAAUUUUAGCCAUGACAUUAAUGCCCCAAGGACGAUAAGACAGAGACGUUGUUUGGUAUGCGAAUUGUGAAGACAGUAAAUUAUCGCUGAAGUGUAUAAUCCAUGGUGGGCGUUGUACCACCAUUUGUAUCGCUGCUGCUAAUCUCCUGUAUCCAUUUGCACCCUUUUUGUGUUGUCUGGACUCUGUCAGCUGUGACUCCUUAGAUUCUGUCAUGUAAACUAAUGCUGGUUUAGGAUCAUGUUGCAUACGGCCCAA